CCAGCACCAGCUCGUCGUCAGGAACUGCCCAACCGCACAACACCACCCAUCCCUUUUCCAUCCGCCUCGUAGAUGACUGGGUAACUUGGCUGCUACCCAGAAUGAGGUCCACCGCUUUCUUCGCAAGCUGCCUGGCAGCGCUUUCGGGCUUCACAUGCGCCGAACUCAACCAGUCGAAGCCAUUGCUGUCCAAGCAGGUGCUGUCCGGCACCUUCAAGCCCCCACAGGUCUUCAAGAACACCAAUCUGGUCCGCACAACAAACCUCGACAAGGCAUACCCGCGAGAGACCAUCAACGUCGUGAUUGAGAACAUCGACUCGAAGCCGCAGUCCGAGUACUAUCUGCCGUUCGAGACGAGCCUGAUCGCAAAGGUCGGCGGGCUGGAAGUGAGGGACAAGCAGGCAGCGGCGAAGGGCACGUUCCAGGUCGACGUCGUGGGACUGGACGCUGAGAGCUCCACGGAAUUCUACCUCAUCCACCUGCCCCAGCCGCUCGCCCCCAAGGCCCAGCAAACGCUCGCCAUCUCCUACUCGCUCCUCUCUUCCCUCUCGCCCGUCCCCGCCGACAUCGCCCAGACUGCGAAGCAGUACCUGCAAUACACUUUCAGCGCAUACACGCCCUCGGCCUACACCACCGAGAAGCAGAGGACCAAAGUCAAGUUCCCCAGCACCGAUGUCCCCGACUUCACCACCCUCCCCGCCGAUCUCAAUGCCGAGGGCAAGACGGACCCGCAGAAGCAGGGCUCGACCUUCACCUACGGGCCCUUCAACAACGUGCCCGCAGGCGCAGAGCAGCUGGUGAGCGUGCGCUACGAAUACACCAGGCCCGUCAUGCACGCCACCGUUCUGGAGCGCGACAUCGAGGUCUCUCACUGGGGCGGCAAUCUCGCCUCCGAGGAACGCUACUGGCUCGUCAACCAGGGCGCCGCCCUCAAGAACCACUUCUCGCGCGUCGAGUGGCAGAAGCAGUCGUACAUGAACCCACCCACCUUUGCCCUGAAAGGCCUGAACCUGCCGCUGCACCCAGGAGCCGUGGACCCGUACUUCACCGACGACAUCGGCAAUGUGUCGACAUCGCGUUUCCGCCCGGGCAAGAAGGAGGGCCUGCUGGAGCUGAAGCCUCGCUACCCCAUCUUUGGGGCUUGGAAGUACAGCUUCCGCGUUGGAUGGAACGCCGAUCUGUCAAGCUACCUGCGUAAGCUGGCGACUGGCGAGACAUACGUGCUCAAGGUGCCGUUCCUCGAGGGUCCCCGCUCAGCCGAGGGCAUCACAUACGGCCGCGUGAACCUGCGCGUCAUUCUACCAGAGGGUGCCACAAACAUCAAGUUCUCAACUACCGUUCCCAUCGUAGACCACUCAACAAGCUUGCACAAGACCUUCAUGGACACUGUUGGCCGCUCAACUCUGAGCUUGACGGCCAUCAAUCUCGUUGACGAGUUCAGAGAUCGGGACCUCAUUGUCACAUACGACUACCCCUGGGCUGCUGGAUACAGGAAGCCUGUCGUCAUCACACUGGGUGUGUUUGCAGUCUUUUCGGUCCAUUGGAAAAAAGAAGACAGCGUAAGAGAUGCGUGUUCGAUCAAGUCAGUGAAGAAGGCAGAGAGGAAGAACAAGUGCAGAAAAGUCAUGUUGUUGGAGUCACGGUCUGGCUGAAUCCGAGGUCAGUGCAUUGGACAGUAGUAUAUUGCGAGCGAAAUUUUCCUUGAUGUAGAACAAUUGAUAUCACGUCACUUUUGUCAACAGACACCACUCAUCGCUAUGCAUUGUACAAGAGUACGAAGAGUUUGGUACUGUAAUUCUGAACAUGAUAUCGUUUCGCAUUUUGUUGUGAUACAGGAGCGGAGUACACACUCCGCCUAAUCUGAUCCCCUCUCAUGACACAUGCCUACUCCUUCAGGCUCAGCUGCGCGACACACCCGCCCGUUGCACCAAGAUGCCCCGAUACACUGUCUAACCGUCUAGGCUUGUAUGCUAUCAAGUACCUCUCAACAUCAAACCUCGCUCAACCAACAAGUCUA